AUGAACUUCUUCGAUCAGCCUUAUUAUAGUUUGCUACGAACUUUUGGCUGCAUUGUAGGUCGAUGGCCGCUCCAGACGAGUCUCCAAAAGUUUGUUAUAGGGAUUGUUAUUAAUCUAGCAUAUAUUUUGCAAGUGGGACCAAAAAUAUUAGCAGAUAUUGUGCAUUCUGAUGACCAAGAACUGAUUUUUGAAACUUUGGCUCCUACUAUAACGGAUGUCGGAGCGUUUUCUAAAUAUAUUAAUACUUUUAUAAAUAGAAAAAUGAUUAACAAGCUUCUGGACAGGAUUGAAGAAGACUGGAGGUUGGCUACGAACUACAGUGAAAAAGUUAUUUUGAAAAAAUACGCAGCAUGGGGAAAACUUAUGGCUACUGGAUACGUUGGAUUUGUAUACACAACGACUGUAAUGUUUGUAACGGAGCCAAUGUUGCCGAUGCUAGUGAAUACAAUAUUAAAAACAAAUCUCACUGCGCCACAUAAAUUUGCGGUUCCAAUGGAGUGGAUUGUAAUAGACAAAGACAAAUAUUAUUGGUUGUUACUCACCAAUUCCAGCAUUUGCAUCAUGGUUAUUUUGACGACGCUCAUAUCCUAUGACGUCAUAUUCAUCACCGUUGUUCACCAUGCUUACGGAUUAUUUGCAAUUACAGGAUAUCGGAUCAAAAAUUUCCCCAAUAAUACAAUACAAGAAAAAAACUUUUCAAAAUUUGAUCCAAUAACAAAUAGGCGGGAUAUUAAUUACAAACAUUUAGUUUCAUGCAUCAGAAUUCACCGACGCGCUUUAGAAUUUGCUGAAUUUAUUGAAGACACCUUCACUGGAUGCUUUGGAUUUGGGAUUGUAUUGAAUUUGCCAACUUAUUUUUUACAGAUAAUGGCAGCUUCGAACACAUUUCAGCAAAAAAUGAAGUACUUUAUGUUCGCAGUAGCACAGAUGCUACAUCUUUUUUUCGAAUGUUUCCUGUCUCAGCAGCUGACUGAUCUAAGCAUGCAAGUUCAACAACACAUAGCCAAUGGAAAAUGGUACGACAUUUCGGCAAAAUCACAAAAAUUGCUGAUUUUGAUGACCAUGAGGUGUCAAGUACCUUGUACUUUAACGGCAGGAAAAAUAAUGGGACUGUCCAUCGAAAGCUUUGGGGCUAUGAUCAAAACUAGUGGAUCAUACUUCACAAUGCUAUUAUCGAUGCAAUAA